AGCCAUCGGUCGAGAUGCCACCACCAGGACGUGGAUACGGAGGACCGCCUCCUGGAAUCGCCUACGGACCGCCGCCGCCUCGAGUGAAUGUCGGCAUAAAUAUCGGCGGACCACCGCCUCCGCCAAUGGGCGUGGGCAUUGGGUUUGCACCACCGCCGGUGGUGAUUGCACCACCGCCACCGCCAGCUGUCGUCAUCGGAGCACCACGUCCACCGCCCACCGUUGUGGUUGGUGCACCACCGCCAGUGGCCACUGUAUAUGCCCAACCACAGGGAGAAGUUUUCUGCUGCACGAUUCUCUGAUUCUCUGAUGGCAAACUCGCAAAUGGAAAUGGGAAAUAGGAUAUGGAAAUCGAAAACUGUGUUUCACAUAGAAUAUUCAUCUACUUUUAUACGCCUCUAAUUAGCUAAAUAAAAUAGUUUAUUCAUAGAAAAAUCAGCUCUAUGUGCAAUUAAAAUUUAAAUUUUUAAAAUCAGCUCUCUUUGCAAUUAAAUUAUAAAUUUAAUCAACUCAACUUUGGAGUUUUUGAAAAUUUUGUUGAAAUUCGUAAUCAAAUCAAAAUUCAUGAUUUUCAUUUUCCGAACAGCGGGCGUAUGAAAGUAAUAAAGGAAAUUGCAAAAACCAUAAUUGUAUGCUUCAACUGACUGAAUAAAAAUAAUUAAGUGUU